UUUCUCAAGAAAAGAAAGUAGGGGGGGUUGUAAAUAAUUUAUCAAAAAUACAGCGAAACUCCUCCCUUGUCUGACAUUUUUUUCCCCAUUCGUUCUUUUGAAGUUUGAACAAAACCCCUAAAGUCAGUCAGUCUGUCCUCCUCAUCUCCUUGCACAACGAAACUUCUUUCUUCCACACAUCUAUAAUUCAAAAACAUACAUCAAUCAAUCAAUAUCUACUACUAUGGCGGCGGCGACAGCUGUGAAUAAUAAUACAUGGCAGCCACAAGAAGCAGGGUUUAAAGAGAUCUGUGGCUUACUCGAACAACAAAUCUCUCCUUCUUCUGAUAAGUCUCAAAUUUGGCAGCAGCUUCAACACUAUUCUCAGUUCCCUGAUUUUAAUAAUUACCUCGCUUUCAUCUUGGCUCGCGCUGAGGGUAAGCCAGUGGAGGUCCGGCAGGCAGCUGGAUUACUUUUGAAAAACAAUCUAAAAACUGCAUUCAAGUCCAUGCCUCCAACGAAUCAGGAAUACAUAAAAGCUGAGCUGCUACCAUGUUUGGGCUCAGCAGAUAGACAAAUCAGGUCUACUUCUGGAACUAUCAUUAGUGUUCUUGUUCAGAUUGGUGGUGUUUUAGGAUGGCCUGAGUUGUUGCAUUCCCUUGUCAAGUGCUUGGAUAGUAAUGACUUAACUCAUAUGGAAGGUGCUAUGGAUGCUUUGUCUAAGAUUUGCGAGGACAUUCCUCAAGUGUUGGAGGCAGAAAAUUCUGGACCAUCUGAUAGACCGAUUGAUAUAUUCCUCCCAAGAUUACUCGCGCUAUUUCAGUCCCCACAUGCCACUCUUAGAAAGCUAGCAUUGGGUUCAGUAAAUCAGUACAUUAUGUUGAUGCCACCAGUUUUGUAUAUGGCUAUGGAUACUUACCUGCAAGGUUUGUUUGUUCUCGCUAACGAUUCAUCAUCAGAAGUACGGAAAUUGGUUUGCUCGGCUUUCGUGCAACUUAUUGAAGUUCGUCCCAGUUUUCUUGAGCCACAUUUGCGUAAUUUAAUUGAAUAUAUGCUACAAGUGAACAAGGACCCUGAUGAUGAAGUGUCACUUGAAGCCUGUGAAUUUUGGUCUGCAUAUUGUGAAGCUCCAUUGCCACCGGAAAAUUUAAGAGCAUUCUUGCCACGUUUGAUCCCAGUUUUGUUGUCAAACAUGGCUUAUGCUGAGGAUGAUGAGUCGCUACUUGACGCAGAGGAGGAUGGCUCUCUUCCAGACCGAGACCAGGAUUUGAAGCCACGCUUCCAUUCAUCACGUUUUCAUGGAUCAGAUGAUGCUGAAGAUGAUGAUGAUGACAUAGUGAAUAUAUGGAACCUCCGCAAGUGCAGUGCUGCUGCCUUGGAUAUGAUAUCUAAUGUGUUUGGAGAUGAAAUUCUUCCAACUUUAAUGCCCUUUGUCCAGUCCAAGCUAGGUACAAUAGAUGAUGCAAGCUGGAAAGAGAGGGAAGCUGCAGUUUUAGCUCUCGGUGCCAUAGCUGAAGGUUGCAUCAAUGGUCUUUAUCCUCAUCUUUCUGAGAUUGUAGCGUUCCUCAUCCCUCUUUUGGAUGAUAAGUUUCCGUUGAUACGAAGCAUUUCUUGUUGGACACUUUCACGCUUUAGCAAAUUUAUUGUCCAGGGCAUUGGUCAUCAGGAAGGACAUGAGCGGUUCGAAAAAGUUCUCACUGGCCUUCUAAGAAGAAUUUUGGAUAAUAACAAGCGUGUGCAAGAAGCUGCUUGCUCAGCUUUUGCAACUCUUGAAGAGGAAGCCGCUGACGAGCUGGCACCACGUUUGGAGAUCAUUCUAAAGCACCUGAUGUGUGCAUAUGGGAAGUACCAGAGGCGGAAUCUCAGAAUUGUUUAUGAUGCAAUUGGUACCUUGGCAGAUGCAGUUGGAGGGGAAUUAAAUCAGCAAAAAUACCUUGAAAUCUUGAUGCCACCAUUAAUUGCAAAGUGGCAGCAACUAUCAAAUUCAGACAAAGACUUAUUCCCACUUUUGGAGUGCUUUACAUCCGUAGCACAGGCCCUGGGUAGUGGAUUUUCUCAAUUUUCACAACCUGUAUUCCAGAGAUGCCUAGACAUUAUUCAGACCCAACAGCUUGCCAAGGUAGAUCCCGUUUCAGCUGGAGUUCAGUUUGACAAAGAAUUUGUUGUUUGUUCGCUGGAUCUUCUCUCUGGCCUCACCGAAGGUCUUGGUAGUGGAAUUGAGAGUUUGGUUUCCCAAAGUAAUUUAAGGGAUCUCCUUCUACAAUGUUGCAUGGAUGAUAAUGCUGAUAUCCGUCAAAGUGCAUUCGCUUUACUUGGAGACCUUGCAAGGGUUUGUCCAAUUCAUCUACGACCUCGCUUGCCUGAGUUCCUGGAAGUUGCGGCUAAGCAACUGAAUACACCCAAGCUGAAGGAAACUAUUUCUGUGGCAAAUAAUGCAUGCUGGGCUAUUGGUGAAUUAGCAAUUAAGGUUAACCAAGAAGUUUCUCCGGUGGUGAUGACAGUAAUUUCAUGUUUAGUACCAAUCCUUCAACAUGCAGAGGGGCUGAAUAAGUCGUUGAUUGAAAAUAGUGCGAUCACCUUGGGUAGACUUGCCUCAGUUUGUCCUGAGCUUGUAUCACCUCACAUGGAGCAUUUUAUGCAAUCAUGGUGUAUUGCUCUGGCUAUGAUUCGGGAUGAUAUCGAAAAGGAGGAUGCUUUUCGUGGUCUUUGUGCAAUGGUUAAAGCAAAUCCAUCAGGGGCUCUAAGUUCUCUUGUUUUCUUGUGUAGAGCAGUUGCUAGUUGGCAUGAAAUAAGGAGUGAGGAAUUACACAAUGAAGUUUCGGAGGUACUGCUUGGUUAUAAGCAGAUGCUGAAGAAUGGAGCAUGGGAGCAAUGCAUGUCCGCUUUAGAACCACCAGUAGUAGAGAGGCUUUCAAAGUAUAAAGUAUAGCUGUUUUAUAUGGCAAAUUGGUCUUCAAUGAGAGUCUUCAUUUAAUCAUGGCAUAUUCUUUCAAAGCUGUGCAUCUCAAAAAUCCUUAUGAGACUCAUGUUGUGCAUUAUAAUUCACCCGCAAAAAGUUAAAUUGUGCUUUUCCUGAUGCAAAAUACAAGAUUUGACACUCCAACAUUUUCAGCGUGAACUUUGAAUUCCAAGGUGAAGACAUUAGGUUACUUGGACGUGGAUUUGGUGUACAGGAGAUUUUCUAACAUUAUCCACUUUUGGGCAGUGAUUUUUGUGACUUUUCUUGAUUAUUAUACAUUGUGCGUUGCUACUAUGCGUUCAAGUAUUCAUCUUCUCAUUUUUCUUUUGUUAUGGGAUAGUUAUCACAGGAUAUGGUUUUAAGUUAUGGAAAACAUGUAUUUGAAUUGUACUCAUAUUGCAUCGAGCUGAUCACUUUGUGAUGCCUUUAGAUGGCUGGUAAUACUUUUGGAUUGCUAGUUCCAAGGUGUGUACGUGCUUAAAUAUCCAUUUAAUCAA